AAAUGCUUCCUAGGGGCCAGAGUUACUGUGGCUUUGCAGAUAUAGUAUGGUCACUGCUCUCUAGUUGCUUACUAUAGUUAGUUGCCUGUAGUUUAAUUGGCAUGUGGCUUAAUUAAAUACUAGGACUCAUGCUAACGUUCAAAGUUAUCGUUGAAGCAGUUUUUGAAGUGCUGGCCAGAAUUAAAAUUCACCUAUUUUAGAGAACCUACGCUAGAGACGUCGACAGUAGUUAGAAUUAAUGUAACAACAGGUUGUGGUCUUGGCUGUGAUUUUUACAUCUGUCUUCUGUUAGUGUUGUUCACGUGACAACGUCAGACACUCGCUGGUAUUUAAUAAUUUUGCGUAGGCAGUUCUCAUGCCGACAGAAAAGUUGUGUUUUAGGCCCGGAAAAGAGCAGGAAGAAGGCCGAGCAAGCAUGCUUAAUUAAUUAAGUUUAUUUAGCGUACGUUUGCGAAGAAAGGAGAGACCAGUGCCGUGCCGACGGUCCUGCAUGCAGCCUUUUCAUUACAAUGAAUGUUGCAGGACAAGGUAGCAGUGCAGCCGACCUACAGGUUUGGGUCGAUUGGGUAAACGCUGUACUACGGCAGCACGACUUGCAGCUGAAGGUGCAAGACGUGAGAGUGGAUUUGGCUGAUGGCGCUGUUCUAGCUGCGUUGGUAGAAUGUCUCGCGCGUACGAAGUUACCGGCUAUUUAUCGUCAACCUUCGUCAAGAAUACAGAAGGUACAGAAUUUGGGGACUGUUCUCAUGUUUGUUAGAGACCGGGGAUUUCCUGUAAGCAAAGUGACUCCUCAAAGUAUUCUUGAGGGUAAUCGGCAAGGCAUUGUCCAGUUGUUGGAUAGUCUACGGCAACUGAAAGACGGUAUCUCUACGACGGCAAGUGCACACGGAGUGAAUCGUGUUUCUAAGACUAAGCUCCCUAUUCCCAGCAGAAGGAGAACUACUGGCACUUUGCAGAAUGUGCAAAAAGAGGUGGUACCAAAGACUCAGAAUGAGAGACGACAUUCGUUGUCAUCAGCCAUUUCAUCGUCAUCAGUGAUCCAUUCUACUGGUGUAAAACGUCUUCCAUUAACUCGUAGUUCAUCUUUUGUUACUGCAGCACGUGAAGCGUUUGAAAAGCUAGCGGAAAACAGCCAUGAGUCAAAGCCGAAGCCAAGACUGCUUCAGCCUUCUGCAGUUGGUGUAGGUAUCUCGAUAGGGGAUAAGAAGGGCAAAAUUAUGUCAGGUGGCUACCAAGCACAGGGAACUGAACAAGUUACAACUGUAUCAGUUUUUGCCAAUGAUGCCAGUGGAAUUUUUGUGACUUCCAAGAGAUCUCCAAUGAGAAGAGUAAAGCAAAAGGAGUCUUGUGCUGUUCAAUCAUUACAAAAAUGCAAUGAUUCUUGGAAUGUGAGUGAAAUGAUGUGUGCAGCUGAUAUCAGUUGUGUACCUGAAAGAGACAACUUUGUUUCAACACCUGGAUCAAACGGGCAUCAAGGUACCCUUGCUUGGAUGUUGCAGUCUAAUUGUUAUCAUGAUAGUGCCCAUGAUAAUGCCAGCUCCAGCUCUUUGUCUCAAGAACUAGGACUUACAAAGAGUGGUUUUGUAGUAAAUGCAAUCUCAGAAGUUGAGAAACAUGAUUCCAAAGAGCAAGAUGAUUUAGAUCGAUCACGAUUUUCUUCUUCUUGGAAUGGUUUUCAUAGGUCAAACAAGAGAAGGAAAAGUUUGGAGGCAGUUGACUUGACAAAGACACCACAACAUGGAAGAUCGUCGUCUUUAGACUUAAUGUCAUAUCAAGUAUGUCAGCCUAGUGAGGCAUCUAUAAAAACCAUGUGUCUGGAGGUACCACAAGAUGCCAGUAAUGCCACAACAAUACUUGCUGCUGAGCCAAACAGUAUGCAGCCAGAAAGAGAUGUUUCUGGUGUAACGUGUGAUUCACAUCUAGAGGAAAUAACUACUGAACUUGUGAAGACAGACCUUAGUGCAUCUUUUCAUGAUAGACAGUCUGAAUUGGGACAAUGUGAUUUCAAUGUCCAUGCUCCAGUACUGCAAACCAUAAGUGCCCAUUCUCCAAUUGUGACUAAACAGAUAGUUAAAUUGGAAUCCGCAAAGGACCAUUACAAGACUACAAUUGACUUAAAUAAUGAUAGUGAUAGCACCGCAUCUGAAAUUGCUAGUCUAAAGGCUGACGAUCAGCCGUUCAGUGACAGUGGCAGUGACAGUGACAGUCUUGUUGCUUCCCUAUCACUUACCACAGCAGAGACGUCUCAUCACCGGGCCAGCUGCCAAUCAACAGAAGUGGCGGCAUCGAAGGCUAGCAAGACUCCACUCUCUGGAAUACAAGAUGAUAAUGUCAGUGAAUCACCAGCAGCAAAUACAGUAAGACAGUCGAGUGACAGGAGCAUAGAAAAGCCACAACGUCAAACGUCUUAUGGUUCACCACACAGUUUCAGUUAUGCUAAAUUUGGAGGAUCCCUGCCUGAAAGUAGCAGUAGUAACAAGUCACCUGGUGCAGGACUUCCUGCUGGAGAAAGAGUUGGUGGUGAAUCUAUGAGAAGAAACAAAGAACAGACAACUGCAGAAACCAAUAUUACUAUUAGACGGCUACGACGAGAGCUCGAGUUUGCAGACAGCAGAGCAAGCAAUCUCACCUCCCAGCUCGAAUCGAGUAUUGACAAGAUGGUCACAUAUCAACAACACAUGGGGCAUUUACAGAGACAACUGAGAAAAGUAGUGGAAGAAUCUCAAUCCAAGGGUUCUGAACUUGCUCAAAUCAAGACAGUGUUGGAAUCUUUGGAAGAAGAAAGUGGUGAUGAAGCACUAGAGCAAAACUAUGAACCAACAGCUGCUUUGCAUUGGAAUUGCCAAGAAAACAAUACUUGGUUACAAGAAAGAGAUAGUGAUGUUUUCAGACUAAAAUCAGCCGAGCCUUUGGAUAUUAUAUCCAGCAGAAAGCAUAAACGAGUUGCUUGGAAGCCUGUUUUGCCAUUUGGCAGAAGGACAUUGUCUACCUCUAGUACAUCUUUAUCUGAACAUUCAAUGCACUUUGCUUGUGAUAGCAAGCGAUCUGGUCUGCUGAUGGAAGAUAAGGCAUUCAAUGGGAUUUCGCAGCUUGAGGGGCAACUAAUUGACUCCCAGGCGGAGAUAGCUCGCUUAGCUUUGUCUAACGAGACAGCUUUGAAGGAUGCUGAAAGUCUGCAUAUCACAGUGAAAAGUCUUGAGGAACAGUUAUCAGGUGUACUUCAUGAUGCUAGUAAACCUGGGACUGAAGCUUUCAGUACAAAGGGAUUGUCAAGUAGCAGACCGUAUUCUCCACGAGCUUCUUCGAAUUCUGAUGACGAGCCGAGUGAUAGUCAGAGGACAACUAUUUAUGUUCAUGUUGGUGAAGACUAUGAAGACCAGCGUCUAAUGGCUAUUGCAACCAUGCAGGUUGCAGUGAAUGCAACAUGGACUGCAAUAGAUGCAAAAGUUCUCUCGACAUUUGAGCUCUAUUUGAGCAAACUUGAUGGCAAAUCUUGGUUGGGAUUGGAUCGCUACAGUAUUGCAUACUAUUGGCUUGGAGAUGUGAAACGAGCAGUGGGCACAAAUGUAGAUGAAUCUACAUCACCGCAUGAAGCAGCAGUGGGAAGCAAAGCAGCUGUUAUUCUUCAUCUUCGAGGUACCGAUGAUGGGAGCUGCGAUGCUUUGGCUUUCUGCACUCUUAUUCCAAAGCAAUUUCUACAGGCUUACAGUGCUUUGAUUCUUGCUUAUCACAAAGUUUUGAUUGUUGGACCUCAGUCAUCAGGGAAGACAUUUCUAGCUGGUCAUCUGGUGAGGCAUUGUCUUGUUAGGUUAGGUGUCCAUGUACCAGACGAAGCAGUCUUCUUGUCUUCUAUGGAUAGCUUUCCUUUGAUGGAGACAGGGGAGAAGGUAAGACAAGUUCUAAAGGAAGCAGAACAGAAGGAGUUGUGUGCUGCUGCUGUUAUAUUGGAUGAUGUUCGAUCGUUUGAACAGCUUGGGAUUGUGACUGAAACAUUGUCUGCUAUUACAGGCCAAAACAUUAUAGUUGUUGCUAUCAUGACUUUGUCAGACAAGCACAAAGCUGGUGUAGACCCACUCUCACAUCACCUUUGGACGUGGCGUCAAAUUCAGCUGUGGUGUCACAGUGAACCAAUUCACAGUUUGCUUGAUUGCUUUUUAACACGCCGACUUAUUCAAACUAAUGUUCAAACAAGUGCUGAUGAUAGAGACCUCACUGCUUCGAUAGAGUGGGUGUGCAAAGUGUGGCACAGAGUGAAUCAUGUUUUGGAUUGUUGUUCUAGUCUUUGUGCUCCUAGAGGUCCUUGUCAAUUCUUUGAUUGUCCAAUGAACACAGUAGAUAUCCAAGUUUGGUUUACUUUACUGUGGAAUCACAUGAUAUUGCCUUAUUUGUCAAUGAUCUUCAGGAUGUCUUCUCAUGAAAGUUAUUCUGCUGACUGCGCCUGGGUCAGUGAUCCUGCUGGCUGGAUAUUAGAUGGCAUCCCGUGGCAAGAACACUCCAACAGCUUACCAAUAUUGAAACUUGAAAGAAGCGACUUUGGUCUUCAUGCAAAUAUACCUUCUUCAUAUGAAGGUGGAGAGAGAUUUCUUGAGCAUAUGGCUGGAUUGCUUGGCAUAUUGGUGAGGAUACCGAUGUUGCCUCCAGCCCCACAACCAAUGAGGAAAAUGAAUGGAAGAACUUUGUCGGUAUCUCGUAUUCGAAAAGUUUCCGUCAGGGAGAUGUCACCAAGUGAAGUUGUGCAGUCUGUGCUCUAGCUCUGUUACGUGUGAACAAUAAUCUUGAGUAUAAUGACUGUUUAUUAGUUAAUUAUUGUAUUAUUAGUUAAUUAUUGUUGGUUUAAUGGAUAGAACGAUAGCUUCAUACAGAAUGGGUUUCUUACUUUCUAUUGUAAGAUUUUCAUGCUCAGCACGUGCACUGUGUCAGGCACGUGCACGUACAUGACAGAUGCAAACU